ACUGUGCCUUCAUAGAUCUCUGUGAAUCUCGCCUGACUGCAUUCUUUGAGAAUGAAAACAGUCCUUGGUCGUCGUUCACUGAAGUGACUCGUUUGACAGGACGUUCUUUGAGUUCGUCAUUAGUGCGUGAACAUGCUCAUCCGACCUCAUUCCAGUCUGAGGACCAAUUGGUGAGAUCUCAGUCUAUGCGCCAUUUAUCCUCAAACAACCGAGACACAGAACACGCAUGCUGGAUUUAUUUUGAAUCGUACAGGAAUAACUCCUAAAUGUAUUAUUCAUUAUGAGGGGAUGAAAAGAGAGGAGUGAAUAUUUUUGAAGAACUGCCGUAAGCCUUCGAGACAGGAUGAUGGAACAGAAUGAAUCAGUAGACUUUAAGACCCUGAGGGAAAGGUUUCAGGGUAACAAUUUGAAGAUUCCCACUAAACCUGUCGUCCCAGACAAACCCAAAAGUGUCCCUCCUCCACCGGCAAAAGUCAACAACCCCCUGAUCAGCUCCCUCAACACUGCCAUCAAAAAAGGGACGAUUCACGCUCCACGUGUAGUCUUCAAAGAUGAUAAAAAUCUUAAUAGCCAGCUCUCUCCACCUCCGGGGUUAAAGGGCAACAAGCAACAACCUUUCAGUAAUUCUGAACUACUGGAUAAGAAUCAGAAGAGGGAAGGCGACAUUAUUAAGAAGGCUAUGAAAGAUAGGAAUCUUCCGCUGGUUCUGCCAGUCGCUCCAAUAAAACCUAAAGCCUCAGAGUCUGAAACCAGUCCUUUUACUCCUGUGUCUGCUUCACCAGCCAAAGUGUCCACACCCAAGAGUUUCGUAUUUAACAAUACAAAAACUGGCAGAGAUGUUAAGUGGGAUAAUAUUGAAAAUGUAACAUCUGCUGAGCGCAGUCCACUUACUCCUAUGUCUGCUUCCUCAGCCAAAGUGUCCACACCUAAGAAUUUCGUAUUUAACAAUGCAAACACCUCCAAAGAUGUUAAAUGGGAUAAUAUGGAAAACUUAACAUCUGCUGAGCCCAGUCCACUUACACCUCUGUCCGGUUCGCCAGCCAGAGUGUUUGCACCCAGAUCAUUUGUAUUCAGCCCUUCAAAUGUUAACAAAGAUGUGAAGGUGGAUACUGUGAAAAGCCCAAUACCAGCUCUCCGUACCGCUGACCAUUCUGCUCUAACUCCUCUGACUCCUGUUAACCCAUCUACAACAGCUAUUGCACCUUCUGGAACUGUACCUGUAGUCCCCAAGGCUCUUGUGCCAUCUCGGAUUUCAGCUGGAGAGCCUUCUGUCCCCAGCAUUUCUGCCUCAAGUAUUCCACUCUCUCCAAGCCCUGAGCCGAAGAUUCCUGAUCCAGCCAUCCCAAAACCAGCCAUUCGUGUUCACUCUGUACAUAAGCCAGAGAUUUCUCAAACAGAAACCCCACUUCCUAAACCGAAUAUACAUUUGCUCAGUUUGUCAGAGGUAUUUCCUCCACCAGAAGAAGAUUUCACCGAUAUACCUCCUCCAGUGAUUCCUGAAGAUUUUAUGAAUAGCGACUUUUCGCAUCAAACAAUGCCCAGUUUAUCAGUCCCUGCAUCUAUUUCUCCAGUUUCCAGGAGUCCGGCUGUCUCCAGGACAUCCUCCCCUUCCCCGCCUUCUCGUUCAACGGUAUCUCCAGAGCUCUUACUAUCUCGUCCACACAUAUUAGCUGCUCCAAGCUCCCCUCCAAAGGUUCAUACCCUAGCUGCACCUAAAUCGCUGGACUUGGGGAAUGCAAAAGCUCUUACUGAUCAAAAUGACCAGCCACCACUCAAGUCACCACUCUCAUUCUUAGCAAGAGCAGAGGAGAUGUCCCCAGUUAAACGAACCCCACCAAAUGAUAAACGUGUAUUUGACCUUUUGGAAAAGGCAAAGAAACAGACCAAAAUAAGCUACUUGACUACCACACCUGACAAUACAACUCCAUCUGAUAUGGAUGCACCCAAGGUAGCUCUGCCAAACAUUGAUACACCCAAUAUGGCCCAACCUAAUCUACCAUCAACUGGUAAAGUCUUACCACAGAUUCCCAAAACUGAAGUAAGUCUACCUGAGGAACCAUUCAAUGUACCAGAAGAAUUUGAUAUUAAUGGCCUUCCUCCUGUUGACUAUGGGGAUCAUGGUCCAAUAAACAAUCCACUUGAAACUACGCAGCAUAAUGGCCUUGAUCACAGCCAAAUCUUACCAGGGGUUUUGACAGUGUUAAAGCCAGUGAAUCCUCCUCCAACUCCACCCAAGAAGCCUCGCUCUUUUACACCCAUGGUGGAAUCCCCAUACGAGAAACCAAAGCCUUUUGCCAAACAUCCCCAGGUUCCCACAAUACCUGCUGAACAACUAGAAGAAUAUGACGAGCAACCCUAUGACAAUUCAUUCGAGGAGCAAUCUUUUGAAGAUACUGACGUAUUUGAUCCUCCAGCCGUUCCGGAUUUUAAGCCAGUACCUCCGUUAGUUUCUGGUUCUGUAAGACCAAGGUCAACUCACGAUGAAGCCUUAUCGGAACAACUGACUCCGAAACAUCACACCGCAGGGGACGUGCUUCCAAACAUGGAUCGCAAAGACUAUGGAGAAGUAGAUUACAAAUCUGCAAGCUCUCCGCAGCCAGACAUCCAAAUGCGAAACUCACCCGUCAGUCGAAAUUUAUCGCCCCUCUCUGGGACCAAUGAUUACAGUGACUAUAUCUAUGAAGACCUUGUUGUGAACAAAAAAGGGAAAACACCUAAGACCAAGAAGCUGAAAGGACCUCCAAAGAAUCCGUAUGCUGAAUCUGUGGCAGAGGAGACUCCCAAGAAAGGCUUGUUCACCAGGAAGAACUCAGAAAAAGUGGUUGAGGACAAAGAACUAAAGAAGAAAGAGAAACAGCGAGAGAAGGAAAAAGAGAAAGAGAGGGAGCGAGAGAGGAAGGAGCAGAAGGAAAAGGAAAAGAAGGAGAAUGAAAUGAAGAAAAAAUUCAAGAUCACAGGGCAGGAAGAGCCCAUGUAUCAAGUUAAAGUGAUCCAGGAUUGUAAAGGCCGUAAAAAUGACCUGCCGGUAAAAGUUGGAGAAACUGUGAGCAUCAUUCGUACCACCAGCUGCCCUAAAGGGAAAUGGCUUGGCAAGGACACCAACAACAGAUAUGGCUAUGUCCCAGUAGAGAGCAUGGAUUUGAAUAUCGAUGGAAUUAUGGAGCUGGGGAAGAUGACAUCAGCGACCAACAGACCCAAUGGCAACGGUGUCAGGGAUGGAGAGCACACCAGUACAGACAGCAGGACCUCGGAUCAUUAUGCCACGAACCAUGAGAGCUUCUCGGAUGACAGUGAGGAAUGGACAUAUGAUGAUGAGGACGCCCCAUACGGCUCAUCCGGUCAAAUGUCACACUUAGGGCUGAAUCAGAGGAUGGCCACGCCAACCAAAGGGAGUGAAAUCACUUUGGGUCCUGUUCACCAAGCACAGCCAGAUGGAAAUUACUCAGAUGCACAAGCAAAACACGAAGCCCUUCAAAAAUUGUCCACAUUCUUCACACAACCGAAAACGCCCUCUCAGCCUCUACAGAUCAACAACACACCAGUAAUGAAAAUGCCUAGAGCAGUGAAUCCUGUCAAUCUAAACGAUGAGGUAGAUGAUCAUGAUGUCCCACACUUCCAGGUCCUCCCUCCUCCAGAUCUGUAUGCCGACCUUAGUGCUAGCGACUCAGAACCGAUAUACAGCAGGGCAAUCAAAACCAUCAGGAAAUAAUGCGACAUGUCUAGUCAUUUGAUAUAUACAGCUGGAAAUAACUUCAUCGCAUGCUAAGAAGAAGAUGUGUCUGUCGAGUGUGAAAUACUGUUUGUGACUGUAUGUAUCUAAUUAAGCUAGUGGCUGCAGGCGAGAUUUUUGUUCAUUCCACUGUAUGUAAAAAAUGCCCGGUGAGGUAAUACGAGAGAUGUUUACAUCUCAGUUUUUAAUCUACAGAAGUAUUAUUUCAUUUUACGAUUCAGCUACACAUACUGAAUCUGUUGUUUGUGUAUAUAAUGACAAAUGUUGUGCACAGUUUUGUUUAGUCUUAAUAAGUCAUACACACAUAAAUUGAGAUUAAAGCUACACGUUAAUUGAACCUAUGCUGGUUGUUUCAACCCAAAAUGUUGGGUCAAAUAUAAAAUCUUUUACUUUUAUUUAACCCACCGGCUGGGUUUAUCCCUUCUGAAAAUAACCCAGCAUGUUUUGAAGUGGGUCAAACAAAACUAGCAAAUGUUAAAGUACCUGGGUGAGGUUUAUAGAGUAUACACAAUAAUGUAUGCAUGUACAGGUGCAAUUCCUGAGUCAGCAUUAUUUUACCACAUAAAACUUUCUUGGAGUCUUAGGAUUGCAUCUUAAAGGUCUAUAUUACCAUAGUCUAUGUUUGUAAAACUAAGAUGAAUAUUAUAUUUUUGCUAGGCUUUGCAAACAGUACUUUGUGUUUAAGUAUUCCCAGUCUUCAGGUGGGCUAUUGUACAUUAGGGAAAUACGUUCAUGCUUGUAGUACAAGUUUGUGUUUUUCAUUUAUAUUUUGUAAUUGCAUGUAAAGUCUACUACAAAUACUAUAAUUUCACAGCUGCUGUAAUCUUUUGCAUUAUUGUUGUCAAAAAUAACUUUUUGGUUGCACCUUUCUGAAGUUUUUAUGUGCUGAUUUGCUCCAAAGCGCUAAUGUUAAUCACAGAAAACAUUGAAAUAACUAUGCAAACUAGAAAAUGCAUAUGCCUUUUUAUUUUCCCUUUGUUAACAAUAAAAAUUAAAGUGCAAAUCAGAACAAGAACACCAUGCAGUGCAUAACUUUGUAAAAUAGAAACCGCACACAGACAUGAAGUGAUAGGUGUACAAUAGACGCAUAUAGACAAACAGUGACAGACAGAGAUAAUUUCUCCCAGUGGAGUUCAGGCAGACAACAGAUUAUUUCACAUUACACUGGAGAGAAAGAGGGGAUAAUAUCCAGCAUAAAUGCUUGUACAUAGACAAAACACUAAACAUGAGCUCAAGCAGUGACAAGCACACAAAUGUCCCCAAUAAACAUUUAGGGGUCAUAAAUGUUGUUGAUGAUCAUAUAUGAUCUGUCUGUUACCAUAUUUGAACCGUAAAACUGAGAAACAUUCACAUGUGACCUGUGUGGUAGCCUCUAAGCAUGACACAAUUUAAUCUCAGGGGCGAGGUGUCAACCAUAAGCACUCCUUCUCUGAGUUUAAUUUUAAUAUUCAAUGCAAUUGCA